AUGACUUUAUAUCCGGACAAUAACCAUGUGCCACGUUAUGCUCAAAGAGCAAAAGAGCUCUCCACAAUAGUGCGCUCAGUCACUUCCAAAUAUGGAAAGGUCGAGCUCAUGGCAAGUCUUUUCUACCUUCCAAAAGCGGUUAGUCCUAAAGAUAUAAUGUGGCUAAGAUGCAUCGAAAUUAGUGAUAUUAACCCCAUCGCUUCAGAACAUUCAAGCCAGCUACAGGGGAAUCUGGUGUUGGAAUUCGGGGGUAAUGAAGUAGCCAUACCAGAGCACUCUGGAUCGGACGAUUUCCCCACAUCGACUAGCUUGGAAUGGGUCUUCAACCUGGAGACGACGUUUCACAAGGCCACUCAGGAGAGCGAAUCUGAUGGACAUCAGGCACAUUCUUCAGCUCUUCAAUCCCGUUUAGCGUUUGAUAAUCCAGAACCCUAUAUGGACCUUCUCGCAAUAUAUUCGCCAUCCACAAAUUUGAGAAAGUCAGGGCCUACCGAAGUCUACCAAGCUCCAAGUUGA